AUGAAGAUCGAGGAAGUGCAGUCGACGGCCAAGGCACAGCGCAUCGCGUCCCAUACGCAUGUAAAAGGUUUGGGUCUCAAAGAAGAUGGAACGGCAUUGCCCAUUGGAUCGGGUCUUGUGGGUCAGGAGAAGGCUCGAGAGGCUGCGGGACUCACGGUAGAGCUCAUCAAGUCUAAAAAGAUGGCUGGACGGGCGUUACUACUUGCUGGAGCACCGGGAACUGGCAAGACAGCAAUGGCAUUGGGUAUUUCUCAAGAACUGGGACCUAAAGUACCGUUCUGUCCCAUGGUUGGGUCGGAAGUGUACUCGUCCGAGGUAAAGAAGACGGAGAUUUUGAUGGAAAAUUUUCGUCGUGCUAUUGGACUCCGAAUCAAGGAGACCAAGGAAGUGUACGAAGGAGAAGUGACCGAGAUGACUCCAGAAGAGACAGAGAAUCCUCUUGGAGGAUAUGGCAAGACCAUUUCUCAUGUUAUUGUGGGACUUAAGACUACAAAAGGCUCGAAGCAACUGAGACUCGACCCUAGUAUCUAUGAGUCACUUCAGAAGGAAAAAGUGUCCGUUGGAGACGUCAUCUAUAUUGAAGCUAACAAUGGUAGCGUUAAGCGUGUUGGCCGCUCGGAUGCAUAUGCCACGGAAUACGAUCUGGAAGCAGAAGAGUACGUGCCUAUUCCCAAGGGCGACGUUCACAAAAAGAAGGAACUGAUUCAGGACGUAACACUUCAUGAUCUCGAUAUUGCUAAUGCACGUCCGCAAGGUGGACAGGAUAUCAUGUCCAUGAUGGGACAGAUGAUGAAGCCUAAGAAGACGGAAAUUACCGAGAAAUUGCGGACAGAGAUAAACAAAGUCGUCAACAGAUAUAUUGAUCAAGGUGUUGCAGAACUUGUACCGGGCGUGCUGUUCGUCGAUGAGGUUCACAUGCUGGACAUUGAGUGCUUUACGUACUUGAAUCGCGCGCUUGAGUCGACUUUAGCUCCGAUCGUUGUGUUUGCCACUAACCGUGGUGUCUGCCAGAUCCGUGGCACUGAUAUUUCGUCUCCUCACGGCGUGCCACUUGAUCUGCUGGACCGUAUGCUCAUCAUCCGCACAAUGCCCUACUCGGUGGAAGAAAUGGUGCAGAUCAUUAAGAUUCGUGCUGAAGUUGAAGGGAUCAAACUCAUGGACGACGCUAUAGUAAGAUUGGGCGAGAUCGGCUCACAAACGUCGCUGCGAUACAGUGUUCAAUUGCUAACGCCCUCCAGGAUCCUCGCAGAGACUCAAGGACGCUCGGAAGUGUCCGUAGACGACAUUGAGGAGACGAAUGAUCUAUUCAGCGACGCCAAGCGCUCGGCGCUAGCGCUUUCGCAGACCGAAGGAUACCUUAUGUAA